AAAUAAUGAGGAGGUUGUGAGAAAUUAAAGCCGACGAAGAACGACGUUAACGGGAGAAGCAUCAAACCAUAGAAAGCGGAAGAAGAAGAUCGAAAAAUUUUACAGAAUCAGAGCGAUAAUCCGAGCGAAGACGAGGAAGAAAUAGAGAGAUCGAUCGAUCAUUUGAAAAUUGAUUUUUCAUCAUUUUCCUUCAUGUUUUAUCAAUCUGUAGAAUUAUGUGUACAUCUUUGUGGUCUCCGCCUCCUUAGAUUUUAUCAUUUAGGUUUUGGAAGCCUCAAUUGAGCUAUACGGAGUUGAUCUUCUCAUUUUUAUCCGUCUAGAUUUGACGUAGGAUUUGGAAUUUCAUGCGGAAUGGAGCCUUUGAUUGAGCUAUGCGACUUGAUUGCGAAGAAUCCUAAUAAUUUCAGAGAGAAACUCUCGUGGAUGUGCGGAAGAGGUCCUUCGAAUGAGGUUCUUGUUUCUGGAUCUCCUCGCGUGACUCGUCCACAACUCAAUGCGGUCGUUGCCGUUGCCAGAUUUCUUUCCAAAUGUCCUGACAACAGUGAUACCCGGUCCGAGACACUUAUCCUUGACUUCCUCCGUGCCAUCCCAGCGUCGUUCAGCCAGUCUUUCUGGCCGCAGUCGUUCGGUCUAGAUGCUAUUGCUACUUUUUACAAAGAUUUUAUAGGGUAUGUAGCGAAGGCUACGGAAUUGUCCGAGGACUUUGCUUCAGAUGUGUCUGGGAUCAUGGGAGAAAUCGUGAUCUCUGCUGUUAGUAACGUGAAGGAAGAUUUGGGGAUUUGCAGGUCGUUCCUGAGGGUGUUGGCUCGGAGUUUUCUGCCUGUUCUUCCGUCAGAUGGCGACAAGUUAAUUAUUUGUCUCAUUGAUAACUUCGUGAGCAAUGGUUCCAGUGAAUUCUUGCAUGGAACACAUCACACAUCGUCUUCUAUUAGUUCUCCUUCUCCUGCAAGCCGGUCUCAACAAAAUGGUGUCAGCGUGGCUGACGACGCCACUAGUGCAUCUUCAAAAGGGUCUGCGAUGAAUGGUUGGAGAAGUGCUGAUCAGAUUGGGGUGGGUGCUGCAAAUAUGGGGUACAAUGACGGAGGAGGAGGCAAUACUAAGCGGAUGGUAGCAUCGUUUGAGGAGGAGAGUCUGGAAGGUCUUGAGAAACAAGAAAUUGCAUUUAGAAUGAUAACGCACAUCUUAGAUAAAGCAGAAGUUGAGACUAAGCUGAUGGAGGAUGUAAUGAAGAUUGUCAAUGAGCAGCUACAAUUGAUGAUUGCUUUCCUUAAGAUAAGGAAAUCUGAAUGGUCAGAACAUGGGACUCAACUUAAAGCUAGAAUCAAUGCAAAAAUAUCCGUUUACCAGGCUGCUGCUAAGUUAAAAGUUAAAAUCUUAUCCUCCCUACAUCUGGAUGCGAAAACAUCAAAACACAUGGCACUCAGAGCUGCUAGUACAUUGAUAGAUGGCGCCAAAGCAUGCUUAUCAUCUGUGUGGCGAAAAUUGAGAGUUUGUGAGGAACUCUUCAGCACGUUGCUUGCUUUAAUUGGGCAAGUUGCAGUUACUCGGGAAGGUCAGCAGCUUCGAGUUUUACUAAUUCACUUCAAAAUCCUUGUUCAAGAAGCAUGUGUGCAGGCUGACACUUCUGGUGCUAGCCAGGGGGUUAUGUUUGAGAGUGUUCUCAAGACAAGCUGUGAAAUAAUUGAAUUUGGUUGGAGCAAGGACCGGUCUCCUAUUGACACUUUCAUAUUGGGGUUAGCGACAAGUAUUCGUGAUAGAAAUGAUUACGAGGGCCAGGACGGGAAGGAAAAGCAAGCUGCUCCUGUUAUGCAGCUUAACAUCAUACGUUUGCUAGCCGACGUGACUGUUUCAGUGAAGAAGCCUGAGGUUGUAGACAUGAUAUUGCCACUCUUCAUUGAAAGUUUGGAAGAGGGUGACGCUUCAACUCCUAGCUCGAUGCGACUAAGACUUCUUGAUGCUGUUUCAUGCAUUGCGAGUUUAGGCUUUGAAAAGUCAUAUCGUGAAAUAGUUGUUCUCUUAACAAGGAGCUACUUGAGUAAGUUAAGUAAUCUUGGAUCUACUGAAAGCAAGACAGUGGCACCAGAAACUAAUACAGAACGUGUUGAGACCCUUCCUGCAGGACUUCUGUUAAUUGCUAAAGCUCUUACAAACAGUAAAUUACGUUCUGACUAUCGUCAUCGACUACUCUCAUUGUGCUCAGAUGUAGGUCUGGCUGCUGAGUCCAAAACUGGAAGGAGUGGAGCAGAUUUUCUUGGGCCACUGCUACCUGCUGUUGCUGAGAUAUGUUCGGAUUUUGUCCCUAGUGUGGAUGUGGAACCUUCACUUUUAAAGUUGUUCCGCAACCUUUGGUUCUAUAUUGCUCUCUUUGGGCUGGCACCACCUAUAGAGAAGAAUCAAGUUCCAGCGAAGCCAGUUUCAACUACAUUGAACACUGCUGGAAGUACGGGCUCUGUUGCUCUUCAAGCUGUGGGAGGUCCUUACAUGUGGAGUUCUGAUUGGUCUGCUGCUGUUCAGCGCAUAUCCCAAGGGACACCACCUCUUGUAGUAAGCUCUGUUAAAUGGCUAGAGGAUGAGUUGGAGCUUAACGCACUUCAUAACCCUGGUAGCCGACAAGGAAGUGGCAAUGAAAAAGCUGCUGUUACCAACAGAACUGCGCUUUCGGCUGCAUUAGGUGGACGAGUUGAAGUUGCAUCCAUGAGCACCAUUUCAGGUGUGAAGGCAACCUAUCUUCUUGCGGUAGCAUUUCUGGAGAUAAUACGCUUCAGCAACAACGGUGGCAUUCUUAAUGGUGAUAUUAGUAUUGUUGCUUCCAGAAGUGCCUUCAGCUGUGUUUUUGAAUACCUCAAGACCCCAAACCUUAUGCUAGCUGUCUCCCAAUGCUUGACUGCAGUAGUACAUCAGGCAUUUGAAGCAGCAUUGUCAUGGCUGGAUGACCGAAUAUCUGAUACUGGCGAUGCUGCUGAGAUCAGAGAAUCCGUUCUCUCCAUACAUUCUUCUUUUCUUAUUAAAAGUAUGUCGCUGAGGGAGGAAAAUAUACGGAAUGUCUCUGUCAGCUUGUUGACUCGCCUUCGAGAAAAAUUUCCUCAGAUCUUGUGGAACACCUCUUGUCUGGACUCACUCUUACUUUCCGUGCCCAGUGACUCUCCAUCAUCUCUUGUUAAUGAUCCUGCAUUGGUAGCCACAAUGCGAUCCUUGUACCAAAAGAUUGUCCGUGAAUGGAUCAUUGUCUCACUUUCAUUUGCCCCAUGCACAACCCAGGGUCUUCUACAGGAAAAGCUUAGUAAAGCUAACACAUGGCAGAAAACACAGCCUGCAACAGAUGUGAGCUCACUUUUGUCUGAGAUUAGGAUUGGAACUGGAAAAAAUGAUUGUUGGACUGGCACAAAGACUGCAAAUGUCCCAGCAGUUAUGACUGCUGCGGCUGCAGCAUCAGGAGCAAACUUGAAAUUGAUGGAGGCCUUCAACUUGGAAGUGCUUAGCACUGGUAUGAUUAGUGCAACAGCCAAGUGCAAUCAUGUAGGUGAAAUUGCAGGCAUGAAAAGGCUAUAUGACAGCAUAGGUGGUAUCCAACCAGGUGCUUCUCAAACUGGUUUUGCGGUCACACUUCAGAAGUUGAAAUCUGGAGUUUUCCCUCCUCCAGUGCCACCUCAAAGUGAGACUUUCAAUGAGAUGAUGUUGACCAAGUUUGUGCGUCUACUUCAACAAUUUGUCAAUAACGCAGAGAAAGGUGGUGAACUUGAUAAAGCUUCAUUCCGUGAAACUUGUUCACAGGCUACUGCACUGCUUCUUUCUCAGCUGGAUUCGGACUCAAAGUCCAACAUCGAGAGCUUCUCACAACUUCUACGACUUCUUUGCUGGUGUCCGGCUUAUAUUUCAACACUUGAUGCAAUGGAAACUGGUAUAUUCAUCUGGACAUGGCUAGUUUCUGCCGCUCCACAAUUAGGAUGCCUUGUCCUGGCAGAGCUUGUUGAUGCUUGGUUGUGGACAAUCGAUACCAAAAGAGGUCUCUUUGCAUCUGAAUUGAAGUACUUUGGGCCUGCAGCAAAAUUAAGGCCUCAUCUUGCACCUGGUGAGCCUGAAGCUCUUCCAGAAAAGGAUCCUGUGGAACAAAUAAUUGCUCAUAGACUAUGGCUUGGUUUCUUCAUUGAUCGUUUUGAGGUGAUUCGACAUGAUAGUGUUGAGCAACUUUUGCUUCUUGGUCGGUUGUUACAAGGAACCACAAAACCUCCUUGGAACUUUUCCCGUCAUCCAGCUGCUACUGGUACCUUUUUUACUCUAAUGCUUCUAGGGCUCAAGUUCUGCUCAUGCCAAUCUCAGAGCAACCUGCAAAAUUUUAGAAUGGGCCUUCAGCUACUGCAAGACCGCAUAUAUAGGUCCUCCUUGGGCUGGUUUGCUUAUGAGCCCGAGUGGUAUGAUAUGAUCAAUGUGAACUUUUCACAGAGUGAAGCUCAAUCUGUCUCUAUGUUUGUUCAUCAUCUAAAUGAGCAUACAGACUCUCCAAUUGAUCCAAAAGGACGAGGGCGGGAAAAUGGAAGCUCUUUGAAUGAAUCGAAGGAUCAGUACCAUCCAGUGUGGGGCCAUAUGGACAACUAUGUUGUCGGUAGAGAAAAGAGAAAGCAAUUACUUUUGAUGUUGUGCCAACAUGAAGCUGACAGGCUUGAAGUUUGGGCACAGCCCACUAACUCAAAGGAAAGUGCACCAUCUCGUCCUAAAAUCACCUCAGAUAAAUGGAUUGAACAUGCUAGGACCGCUUUUGCUGUUGAUCCUCGCAUUGCAUUGUGCUUAGUCUCAAGGUUCCCCACAAAUGCUUUUCUGAAGGCUGAAAUGACUCAGCUGGUUCAGUCUACCAUAGUGGAACUUCGUUCCAUUCCUGAGGCUUUGCCAUAUUUUGUUACCCCAAAGGCCGUUGAAGAUAAUUCACCUCUUUUACAACAACUGCCUCACUGGGCAGCCUGUUCAAUCACAAUGGCACUCGAGUUUCUUACACCCCAAUAUAAAGGUCAUCCACGAAUUAUGGCCUAUGUUCUAAGAGCUUUGGAAUCCUAUCCCCCUGAGCGAGUAACCUUCUUCAUGCCACAGCUUGUGCAGGCCUUACGAUAUGAUGAAGGGAAAUUGGUGGAAAAUUACCUGGUCAGAGCGGCCCACAGAAGUGAUAAAUUUGCCCACAUUCUUAUAUGGCAAAUGGAGGGUGAACUAGUACCGGAAACAGGAAAAGAUCCUGUUGUUGCCAGCAAGACUAGUUCUUUCCAAGCAAUAUUGCCUAUUGUUAAGCAAAGAAUAAUUGAUGGUUUCAAUCCAAAGGCCCAAGAUAACUAUCAAAGAGAAUUUGACUUUAUCGAUAAGGUGACAUCUAUAUCUGGGGUGCUUUUCCCUCUUCCAAAGGAGGAAAGACGAGCAGGCAUCAAAAGGGAGUUGGAAAAGAUUACAUUGAAUGGGGACGACCUUUAUCUUCCUACUGCCCUCAAUAAACUUGUCAGAGGUAUUCAGGUGGACAGUGGAAUACCCUUACAGUCAGCUGCUAAAGUUCCUAUUAUGAUAACAUUUAAUGUGGUGGAACGUGAUGGAGAUCUAAAUGAUGUGAAGCCUCUAGGUUGCAUAUUCAAGGUUGGAGAUGAUUGUCGUCAAGAUCUCCUUGCUUUGCAAGUAAUCUCACUGCUCAAGGAUAUAUUCAGUGUCGUUGGACUUAACCUGUAUUUGUGUCCCUAUGGGGUGCUGCCUACUGGUCCUGAGAGAGGAAUAAUUGAGGUUGUGUCUAAUUCAAGAAGCAGAAGUCAGAUGGGUGAAACCAAUGAUGGUGGUCUUUAUGAAAUAUUUCAACAAGAUUAUGGUCCUGUUGGUUCUGCAAGCUUUGAGGCUGCUCGUGAGAACUUCAUUGUUAGUAGUGCUGGUUAUGCUGUUGCGAGUCUUUUGCUUCAACCAAAAGAUAGACACAACGGGAAUCUUUUAUUUGAUAGUGUGGGAAGACUGGUUCAUAUUGAUUUUGGUUUUAUCCUGGAAACAUCACCUGGUGGAAACAUGCGGUUUGAAAGUGCUCAUUUUAAGUUGAGUCACGAAAUGACUCAGUUACUUGACCCAUCUGGCACAAUGAAAAGUGAAACUUGGUUCCAGUUCGUGGGUUUAUGUGUGAAAGGUUACCUUGCUGCUCGUCGAUACAUGGAUGGUAUCAUAAACACGGUACUGUUGAUGAUAGACAGCGGAUUACCUUGCUUCAGUAGAGGCGAUCCAAUUGGGAAUCUUCGCAAGAGAUUUCAUCCCGAAAUGAGUGAAAGAGAGGCUGCGAAUUUCAUGAUUCGAACAUGCACAGAUGCUUAUAAUAAAUGGACCACUGCUGGAUAUGAUUUGAUUCAGUAUCUGCAGCAGGGAAUCGAGAAGUGAAAACACGAGGAAGAAGAAGAUUUUCUCAUUUUUUUAAAACAUGAAAUCGUAUUAUUUUUAUGUAUCUCAUUAUUAGGAGCCAAUUUUUUUCUCAAGGUUUAACCACUGUUAGUUCUGGUGAAGAGUUUGUAAUAUUAUUGAGCACAUAGAUUAUCUCACUAAUUGUAAUUGACAGUGGAAUCCCUUGAUAUUUGUAUCCAAAAACUGAAAUGGCCAAAACUUAUACCAAUUAAUUAUUAGUAUGGGCUUGUUUGA